AUGGCUCCUUUGUCCACUGCGGUGGGCUCUAACACUGCCACUGCUGGCUUUACGUCGGUCAAUUCACACCGUAAUACCUUUAACGAUCCUGAAAUUAUUGAAAUCGAUGACGAUGACGAUGAUGACGAACCCAUGGGGGAUGAUGAGGAAGGAAACGAAGAGGAAGAAGGCAUUAAUGACGGAGAUGAGUACGAAGACGAAAGUGUGGAAAACGGCGACGAAGAGGACGAACCGGAGGAAGAGUCCGCUGAAGAUAUGAAUGGCACCGAAUCGCCGUUAGAACUCGUUCCUGCGCCGAACGGCAGAGGUGGUUCGGACGUGUUCACACCCGGUUUGUUCACAUCGGCCGGCGCACGGCAAGCGUUACAUCCCCUUCGCCGCACCGCGGACCGUGUGACGCGCCAGAUCGAAGCUUUUGCGGAGAGGUUGGAUCGCUUCAAGCAGAAAGGUCGCACUGACGAUUUUGGAAAUUACCAAGCUGCAUAUCAAUUGGUGAAGAGCUACCAAGUUCUCGCUCAAGAUGCGAUCCAGGAUAUCACGAAGCAGAAUACCUUGAAGCGCGCGAAAAUGGGCUGGAGCACAAGUCGAACCAACGGCACCGCAUCGCAUGAUCCCAAGAUAGAGGAGGAACUGCAACGGUUACAGCUCGAGGCAAAUACUUGGCAGCUUCUUCUCAACCUCAUCAGCAUUGAUGAUCCCCCAAGCAAAGCCAGCUGCAAGAAAGCGCAAGAGACUGUUUUCCAGAAGCUCCAUCGGUACUCGUCUGAUCGUGAAGUCUGGGAGAGCUUCCUCAGCGCUGACCACUACGCGCUCGAAUGCGUGAUUAUCAUGAAGUGGCUGGAGCGCACGGCGACGACCACGCCUCAGGAUAUUGAUUCGCUGAUCUCCGAGCUUGAAUCGCAGGCGGAACGAGGACAGGGGCACUGGACACAUGGCUGGCUCUACACGAAGGAGACGAUCAAGGGACAGAAGAGACUUCGUGCUUGGCCACAGCCUCUCGAACCCAAAGACCCUGGCAUCACAGCGUCUCUGUUGACUUCCGACGUCUCGGAGCCAUUGAUUACGCAAUUAGAUCCGGAUGCUGUGACUCGGCAGAAGCAGCACCUCCAGAAGCAGGAUCAGUUCUAUGAGCGCGCGACUUGGAUGACCUGCUGGAAGAUGUUGCGACAGGGAGAGAACUGGACCAAGAUCCGGGAUUGGGCUGAGGAACGACUGGAAAACUGGAAGGCUGUCAGUUUAUGUGGCUCCAGUGUUGACCCCGAGUCCGGGGGCGAGCGGACACCUGUUGAUGAUGGAAUGACGCGCAUGAUGAACUUUCGCUCUCAGGAGUCCUGGCGAGCGGCUUGCUCUGCUCUGGCGCGGAAUCCCCACAUUGAGGACUUUGAACGGGCGGUCUAUGCGCUACUCUGCGGGGAGACCGAGGCCGCAUUCAAAGUCUGUCAGAGCUGGGAUGACUACCUCUACGUCCACUUCAACAGUGUGGUCCUGUCACGCUAUCAAGGGUUCUGCAAGCAGUUCCGGCGCAAGCUGAGCCACUCGCCUACGGCGCCGGUUAACUUCGUUCCUGAGCCCGUCGGAUACAGCGAUUUCAACAAGUUUGUGCAGUACACGAAGGGCAACGAACGCAUUGGAGUGGAGGCGCGCAACCCGUACCGCACGAUUCAAGCUGCGAUACUAGGCAAAGGAUAUGACACAUUUUUCUACUCGCUAGCCAAAGCAGUCUCGCAAGUUGCGAAGACGGGUUCUGAAGAUUCCUUUGUGCCGGAUCUGUCCCCAACCCAUGUGGACGACUCGCUUCUCAUCGCCGCCGAGGACGACGAUGCACUGCGGAUUGCGACGCAUCUUUACAUCAUCGCCAGCUCCAUUGGCUACGUCCGUUCUGACACCCAAUUCUUUGAGACGGCAUCUGUAAAUGUUAUCGGUUACAUCGCAAAUCUCGAGGAUGCUGGCAUCUACGAGGCGAUACCGCUCUAUGCGUCCCUCCUGCCUGCUCCGCAGACCCACUCCGUACUUGGCCGCGUGCUGAUCGAGAUCCUUGACCCGAGAGAGCGGAAACAGCAGGUUCGAUUGAUCGAGAAAUACGAUAUAAAUAUCGAGGCCGUCUUGGAAGACCAGUGGAAUUGGAUCAGUAGCACUGUCUCUGCAGUUGAGCACACAAGGACAGUGAAGCGCUAUCCCAAAGUCGUCCGCAGAGACGAUGGAACCCGCGAGUUGGUACCAGUCAAGACAGACUUUAUCGGAACCGAGAUCUCUCGUUCAGACGAGCGGUUGAUUCGCAGUCUCGAGUGGCUCCGAUAUGUUGAUGGGCAAUGGGGCAGGAUAUGCCACCUUGGCGCUUUUCUGUAUAGAAAAUUUUAUUUGUCCGGAAAACUUGCUGCCGCACGAGAGUUGAGCCGACGUAUGAAGCUAUCCGACAUAUCGCGUGAAUCGUUUGGUUUCGACGUGGCGGAGUUUGGGUACGGUAUUCCAAACGGAAGUGACCGUGCGACUCCAGAGCCCAGUAGCCCAACCAAGUCGAGGUUGCUAGGAUCUGCGCACAAACUGAAUCGGCCUAUUCCCAACGGGGUCCCCUCAGAUGAGCAAACAAAUAUUCUUGUGAUGCAGUCGCAAACGAUGCGAGACUUGGAAGAGCUAACGCUGGCGUUUGACGGGUUGGAGCGAUUCGGCCUGUGCUGGAAGAAAAUUGACAAGUGCGUAUCGAUCUAUGUCUUGAACCGAAAUGGUCUGCUGACUGAUGUCGCAUUUAGGAGCAAACGUAGACGGGAUUCUGGCGCGGUUAAGGAUCUUAGGGAUGAGUUGCAAGAUACUCUGGAUGAGAUUAGUAUGCAUGUGGACGCGGUGCUGGACGAAUGGCUGACUGCGCCCGCAGACGAAGCGGAAGAGGCCGAGCUGGAAGAAAUCCGGGUCACCUACAUCCCCGAACUGUUCCUGGACUAUCACAAUGCGCUGUACUUUUCCGCCCACGUCCUCACCAGCGAGAUCUUGGUGCAGUGCAUGAACCUGGCGAUGCAAGUAUCCGAGAACGAAUAUCUGACGCGCAGUUUUGUGUCAUCGCGCCGGAUGGCAGAAUUGGUUGACGCGUUGGCGCUGUCGAGCAAGGCGAUGGUUCAGACCCGGGUCAAGCCUGGCAAGAGACUACUGGGAGGCGAGUCGCUUGGCAUUUGGACAGUGGAGGUUCCCGAGGAUGAGGAGCAGGAGUUUCUCCGUCAGGCCAAAUGA